AUGGGUUUCAAAUUUAAAUUUCAAUUGCUAUUUUUCUCGUUUUUAUUAUCGAUUUGGUUUUUGUCGUCGGGUGCACAAUUUUGUGGUAAGUUUUGAAAAAAUAGGAAAUGUUACUACGGCUUGAAAAAAUCCACAUAGAAAUAAGGCCCACAAUACAAAAACCAGCCUCAUUUUUUCAUAGAUGAGUUUGAAGAAAAUUUCGCUUGAACUGGCAUAUCCUGAUGUUCUCUCAUCAAUAAAAUUUGUCUCUAUUUCAAUUAUCAAUUCCAGCCUCGGAUGGUAGCGAUGAACCUCCAAUAACUGAUCCAAACUACAUGUGUAACGAAAAAAACUUUUCUGAAAUAUUCCAUCCUCCACAACUUCACAACACUUCAGAUGAAUAUGUUUGUUUUUAUCAAAUUCAGAAAAUCAAUUUGUUUAUCUUAUAAGUUUUCAGCCAAUCCAUUACUGUGAUAUGGUAUUUCUUUUGGAUUUGGAUAAAACACUGACUUCGGAAGAAAAUUAUAGCCAAGUAAUACAAUUUAUCAGCGACGCAAUGACAACUUGUAUGAAUCGAGGGAUUGGUUAUAAAAUAUUAGCGUGGCCAAUGUUCAAUGAUGUGAGUUUCUUAAUUUUAAGUUUACAAGGCACACACGUUUGAAAAAGAAGAAAAUUGUGCAAUUUUCAUCGCGCAGCCGACAAAAACGGUGCAACGCCUAGCGGUUUAAUUACCCCCACUUCAUCAAAAACAAAAAACAUAGCGAAAAUCAGCGUAUCGAGAUCUGUGCGAAUGACUUUAUUUGGAAUUUUUAGGGGUCCUGGGAAGAAAGUUAGCCUCCGCUGCGAGACCAUUUCAAACUAGAAACACACGCGCCUUUGAAACCGUACCUCUUUUUUCACAAGAAAAAAAAAUAAAGAGUGUGGCAAACGAGGAGAGUGCGAGAGAUGUGUGAGAACAAAAUGUGUGCAAACACCUGUCUGCAAACACCGUUGUCGCCGCUUACCAUGACUCUUCAUUGCAUGGGAAAAACGUGUGUAUAUAAGGGAACCUAAAUAUAAGGGAACCUAAUGUUGGAAAGUGUUACUGUAGGUGACUGAAAUCUGAGAAAUUGUCUUUUUUGAUAAAUUCUUCUACUGUUUCCAAAACGUUUUUAUUUUUUCUACGAAAAAUCAUCAGUUUUUCUUCCGUGGUCACAAAAAAGAAGUCACAUUAUAUAUUUUGAGAAAUUUGUCUGAUAACAAUAUAUUUGUAUUUUAAUACAGUAAUCCGUUUCAGUGAAAAACACUAUUAUUUGCAGACACAAGAAACAGUUUGCUGUGAACAAUCAAUUUGCUAUCAACUUUUUGGUUUUAUGAAUUAUCGAGAUUAUGUUGGAAAUUAUGAUAGUUUUGAUCCAAUUCAACCAGUCACUGCAAAAUUCAAUUUUUCUUAUACACUUAUUGAUGAUGUAAGUAAUUUUAUUUGUGUGAAAAAUUCAAUUAUGAAAAUAUCGGUUAAAUUCAGAUGAAAAAAAUUGGAACUCCACAAUCAGCAUGUUUAUAUAAUAAUUAUGUUUUGAUAACAAAUCGGCUAUUCAACAUGUCGAAUGACAAUGAUGUUAUUGGAGUGAGUCAUAGAUAAAUUAUAUUCAAAAACAAAAAAUACGUUAUCUUCUACGUGCCAAAUUUAGAAAUUUUUCAUUUUCAUUUUCAAAAUAUAAAUUUGAACUUUAUUUUUUUCGAAUACCACACCUUUAUUUUUAAAUUUUUCGUGGUCAAAAAUCGGAUUAUUUGUGAAAAAUGUGUAGUUUAUCAGUUGGUGUUGUUCUAUAAGUUCCCCCUUCGAAAAAAUGAAGGUUACUGUAAUAAUUUUGUGUUUCAAUAAAAUAUUUCAGGAAUUGGAAGAAAUUGAAGGAGUUGGUUGUAUUACUCUAACUAUAAUUGCUGUUGGAAAUGAUCAAAUUGAUACAAAAAUGAUGUUUGAUGCUUAUAGUUCAGUAACUCUCAAUACAUUUGUUGUUCCAAGUUUCAAUUGUUUGGAUAACUUGAAAGAUUGUAUAAAACCGUGUGGAACUCGAGGAUCAGAAGAUUGUUAUAAUCAAGAAUUGGAUGAAUGCGCAUUGCCAACAUCAACAGAACCUCCAACAACGACAACUGCAACUACAACACCAAAACCAACACCAAAUCCAGAUUUUUAUAAUGAUUGGCAGAUUAUUUAUUUGUUUGCUAUUUCAAAUCGAACAACACAAACACAAUUUAAUAAUCUUGUCAAAUAUAUUUCGGAUCCUCUCAAAGAAUGUGGAAAUACAAAAAUGGUCAUUAGAUUUUUGGCAAGAAAUCAAUCAGAUUCUGGUUGGAUAACUGAUAUGAAUAAAGCUGGACCAUAUUUAAAACAAUUAAAAUAUGAUGAAGUUCUUAUAAAUGGAAGUGAGUAGAGUUUUGAUACAUUUAAAGAUUAAUCUUUGAAGUUUUUUUUAGAUGAUCAAUUCUUAAAUGGAAAUGAUAAUGUGACUCUGGAAUUAGUUGCUGAAGCUGUUUCAAUUCCUGUUUCUUACAAUGAUGAUGGAUCAGUUCAUCCGCCGAGAAUCACUUUAUUAACUGAUUUUGUUUCACAAGUAGGUUUGUCUCAAUAACUUUUUUGAAAGAUCCUUUUUUUAUUAACAAAAUACAAUACUAUAACCUACAGUAUUCCAGCCAUUCAUAAAUGUUUUCACAACUGAUCUUCUUCCUGAUCUCGAAUAUUAUGAUUUCAAUAUAAUUUGUUUUACACAAGAUUCAUAUGAUGGAUAUAAAGCUCAAUUGAAAAUAAAAGCAUUUCAAAUCACAAGUGAUGCAGGUUAUGGAGAUUCAAAAGAACUCAAAUUAUGUCAACAAAAAUCGAAUGUAACAACAAUCAUGUUCAUUAUAAUUGGAUGUUGUUCAGGUGCAAUGCUAUUGCUCAUUUUAUUAACAGUUUUAUAUCGACAAAAAUAUAUGUGGAUGCGCAAAUUGAAACGUUUUAAAACUUCACAUAUUGAAGAUCAAGAUGAUUUGGAUAUGUGAGUGAAAUUUCGAAAGGAUUUUGAAUAAUUAAAAAAUUUCAGAAUUGAUCAUUGGGAACUUUCCCGUGAUCGUCUUGUUGUCAAAAAUGAAAAACUUGGUCACGGUGCUUAUGGUCAUGUUUUUAAGGGAAAAAUUGUUGGAAUUCCACCAGCUAUUCAAAAAUAUUAUCGAACUGAGAUGGAUGCGUUUGUUGAUUGUGAUUGUGCUGUCAAAAUGUUACCAAAUUAUGCAACUGAAGCUGCAAAACAAGAAUUUAAACAUGAAAUUGAAUUGGUCAGUUAGAAAUAGGAAACAUUAUUUUGUAAAACUAGCGAGGUUACUGUACAUGUAAAAGAAGAAGCACUAAAUUCUCAGCAUUUUUUUGUUGGAAGUAUUUCGAAUCAUGAUGCUCAGAAAGUUUUCUUUUUUUUGGCUCUUUAUCUUUUAAAAAUCGCAAUUCUAGUCUAUAGUCAUAAAAAGCACAGAAAUUAAUUUUUAUAAUUUUUCGGUUUUUUUUCAGAUGAAACAAAUCGAAUUUAAUGAACAUAUUGUGAAUAUGUUGGGAUGUGUUACAACUUCAAAUAAAUCCUGUUUGGUUUUAGAAUAUUGUUCACAGCGAGAUUUAUUAAAAUAUGUGAAGAAAAAGAAAUCAGAUCUUGAAAUUGUGAGUUUCUUCCCGAUAUUUUCCAAGUUAAACUCCGCAAUAUUCAGAGUCGAAGUGCUGAUGAAGAUUUCGAUACUCACAAAGAGUUUCUAAAUUUUUCGUGGCAAAUAUCUCAAGGAAUGAGAUUUCUCGUGGAAAAGAAAAUAGUUCAUCGAGAUCUCGCAGCUAGAAAUAUUCUGAUAAGUGAUUUCAAUGGAAUUAAAUCAGCAAAAGUUAGCGAUUUUGGAUUGGCAUUGACUAUUUCACAAAUUUUGGAAGAAGGUGAAAGUAUUGGAUCAGAUAGACUUCCGAUUAAAUGGCUCGCUUUGGAAUGUUUGGAAAAACGAGAAUUUUCUCAUAAAAGUGAUAUUUGGUCAUUUGGAAUUGUACUUUUUGAAAUGUAUUCGUAUGGUUUGGUUCCUUUUGCUGAUGUUGAACCAAAUCAAUUAAUUGAGCAUUUGAAAAAUGGAAAUCGACCGAAAGCACCAUUAUUAACCACGGAAAAAGUGUUAGUUCUAUUUUAUAUGAAUGAAAACCAAAAAUGAAAAUUUGGAAUUUCAGAACUGAAAUAAUGGAUAAAUGUUGGAAUGAAAAACCAAUGUUACGACCUGAUUUUGAUGAAUUAUCAGCAAUGUUUGCCACACAAUUAGAGCAGGUAGAUUUUGGCCAUAAAAAAAGAAAUUGAGAAGUUUCCAUCCGAAAAAACUCAUAUGGAAAUUUCUUAGACCUUCGAAGGACCCUGAUUUCCAUUAAAAAUUGAACAUUUGAAAUUUUUCAGGCAGCUGAAGGAUAUGGUUAUUUGGAACUAGUUCGAACAAAUGAUUAUCGAGUUCUUCCACCAGAAACUGCCAAAAAAGAAGAAAAUCAUGUAUCAUUAAGUGAAUCAAGAAAUCGAUCAGUUACAAUGAAAACAAGAAAAAAGGAUUCGAUAACACUUGGAAGAGAUUAUAGUUUGACAAUGGAAGAUAAUGAAAAAGGUAUGACUCAUUAUUAUUUGGGUUACUGUAUUUUUUUUGCAUUUAUCUUCAGAACCAUCUGGUAUUCCACGUCUUCCAUCAGAUUCACCAGAAAAAGAAAAAACAACGGGCAAGCGAAAAUCAUAUUUGAAUUUGAUACCAAAUUUGAAUGCGAUAAAUCCAUUUUCAAAAGAAAAUGAAUUCAAAAAAACAAUCAAAAAGAAGUUUUAUUCAAGAAGAGGAAGUGUGCCAUAUUAA